UGAUUUGUUUGCUCUAUGAUCGGGAUUGAGUAUUCCUGACCUGUCAUCUAUCUAGUCUAAGUGGAAACUUUUCUUCAGCUCUCCCGUCAACCGGUCGAUCAGCCGAUGACGCUAGUGUGCUCUUGCGGCCUUACAGAGCCGUUUAUCAUGUCUGAGAGAUACUGCAGCGCGUUUUCCCUAACAAGCAGUGAUGGAUUAGUUGAGAGCUGUCUCACAAGUUCUGUACCACGACGGUUGCUCUUUGGACGCCGCAACCUGCAACCUCUUUUAAAGCCAGCAAAUGGUCCCCGCAUCGGCUUUUUGGACCCCGGGAGCCUUUUGGAGAGAAGUUCAGCUCCGGAAGCAGAAGUGACAACGAAAGUGGCGUUAACGUUUCGAUCAUGGAUUGUGAAAUGGAUCAAGAGGGGGGCGCUUUCAUAUGACUUCAGGUUUUAGCCCAGCACUAUUGAGAGCUCUGGCAAGCUCUGGCUAGCUUUAAUGCUAUGAGAUAUACCCUUACCCACUGAUACUGAUAACAGUAUUGGGAAAGAUUGUCGACACCUUGACAAAGGUUACAAGGGUACAAUGGUGUGAGCGUGUGUCGUGAACAGGGAUACAGGAUAGCAAUCUGAUUCUCGGCAUCCUGUCUUUGUACCUGCCAAUGUAUGAUUGUGUGACGGUCGCACAAGCUAUCUCUGGCAUCCAUCACUGCUGCAGGUGUUGCGUUAUACACUUUAUGCUAUGAUCGAUGUGGCCUAUACGCCCGCAUAAUUAAGACCAAGAGCGAGAUUCCCAACAUUCGUGCGAGAGGUUUCUGCACAUAUGGGGAAACCAGGCAAGCAGCGUCGAGCUCCAAACGCAUUAACGGUUAGGGUGAUCUGGGCGCGCUGGGAAAGAGAUAGGGUCGCAGCAAUGAGAGUCCUUUGCUUGGACGCGAGAUAUCGAUG